AUGGCAAAAAAGAACCAAGCUGCUGGCUUCGCAAGAUCGGAAACCUCAAGUCCUCCGACAAUGCCAUCCUCUCUGACCAAACAGGCUGCCCUUAUCCUCAACUCCGUCGACAUCACUGCCGUUUCAUUCGAUGAGUACUUGAAUAUGACUAAUAGCAGUGGUACAUCAGGCAACGAAGGACCCCCUCCAGCUGCGACGAGUGCAGACGAAAGUGUAUCUGCUGUCGACGAUAAGGAUACCCCUGUGACUGGCACUGAGAUGUCUCUUCCUGAGAAUACGGAAUCCCCAUCAGAGACUGGAUCUUCAAAGCUGAAAGAGAAACUACUUGCGGCUCGUAGAGCUGCUCCAAACUCUUACAAUACGUCCUCUCCUCUCAAGAAUAAUUCUGUUGGAGACAAGACGCACCACGCUGCCGCCGAUGCCAAGCUGGAACCCAUCAAGGAAGUUACUAUCGUUGACGAGCUCAUUUCUCGAUUCCCUGAAAUGAUUACAGCUCCCUCAAAAUCAAUAAUCGUCGAUAUCAUUAUUCUCUCCGAUUUCCUCAAAACCUCUGCUCCUACCGACGGUCUUGGAGCCCAACCCAUUGACUACGCACAGAUCGAGUUUCUUGCUGACUGCAUCAUCGCUCGCUCUGCCAACCACAUCCAAGUUCUGCCUGCAAAGAAAGAGGUCAUUUUGAAUGCCAACCCGGGAGAGAAAGCUGAGGAUAUCGAAAUCAAGGAUCCUGUUGCAAUGCAAGAGGAAAAAGUACGGUUGCUCUUUCAAGUCUUGUCCAAUGAACUCAGCGCUCGCUUCCCACCUGACCCAGCCGCUGACCCGAUCACGUCCGCCGAAGAAGAAGAUACUAUCUUCAGAGAGAAUGCUGUUCAUCUGAAAGAUACCAUAUCUUUGAACUUGAGUAUGUUCCCAGCGGAUGGCAAAUUGCACGCAGAUAUCUUGAAGUUCGACCGCGAGGAAGAGAAGCUCCGGUUGACGAAGGAAGCAGCCGAGAAUGCCAAACCCAAGAAGGAAACACAAGCAGAAGUCAUCCGCCGCAAUAUGGACUUCCUUGCCCAAGACCCAUCCAUGCCAACUAUGCCGUUUGAGGAGGACUACGUCGAGCGUUACAGCAACUAUGAGGACAUGGCCAAGAUUGGGCACAUGGUUAACCCAGACGGACCUCUUGGUAGGGCUUAUCGUUCUAAGCUUAUUAAACAGAAGUCUGCCUUGGACACCGAGAUGGCUAGGCAUAGCACUCUCGUAGAGGCACAGAAGCGAGGUCAGGCAGGAACCCGUGCAAGAAUUGAUGGUAGCAUUGCUGGCGCGCAUGCCAGUGACUACUUCUACACGUUUGGGAAGUGA